AUGGCCAAUAAAAAUAAACAGCAACAUAAACAAUCUUCUCCAUCACGUAAAGUUCAAGAAACGAAAGAGAAUGUUUUCUUGUUUAUUCCAAAUAUUAUAGGCUUUACUCGGGUCAUUCUUGCCAUAUUAUCACUGUAUUAUAUGCCAAACCAGCCAUGGACGUGUAUGGGCCUUUAUAUAAUUUCAUGUUUGUUGGAUGCCGUAGAUGGCAAUGCUGCUAGAUAUUUUAAACAAUGUAGUAAGUUCGGUGCGGUUUUAGAUAUGGUAACUGAUAGAUCAACAACUUCCUGCCUAUUGUGUUUCCUUGCUACUAAAUAUCCCUCGUGGACAAUUUUAUUUCAAUUAUUGAUUUCUUUGGACCUUAGUAGUCAUUAUAUGCACAUAUACAGUUCAUUGACAUCCGGUUCUUCGAGCCAUAAACAUGUUUCUAAGUCUUCAAAUUUUAUUUUGCACUCUUACUAUUCUGAUAAUAGAGUCCUUUUUAUCUUUUGUGCGUUAAAUGAAUUGUUCUUUGUUGCUUUAUAUCUCUUAUCAUUUGAUCAUGAAGGUUUAGCUCCAUGGUUAAAUAUCACAAUUAAAUCGAUUGCUUUCCUAUCUUUUCCCAUUUGUGCAGGAAAACAAAUAAUUAACGUGAUUCAAUUAACUCGUGCUAGUCAAACCUUAGCUAAUAUUGAUCUCGCUGAACGAAGAAAAAUUUGA